GAAGGGUGGCAAUGAAAUUUACCCAAUAAUUUUCAUGUGGAGUUGACCAUCCCACCCAAUUAUUAGUAUUAUUAUUAUUAGUUUGUUUUUUGGGGGGCUAAAAUACAGCAAAUUAUAAUCGUGAAGUGACAAAACUACAACAAUCAGCAUCGGCUACCUUUCCUGCAUCUCAACUCCAAAUCCUCCACCGAAGAGAGACAGAAAUAGAAAGAGAAAGAGAAAGAGAAACACAGAGAGAGAGAAACAGAGAGCAAUGGGUGCCUUUAUCAAUCUGGACGAUUCUCCGAUGUUCCAGAAGCAGAUAUCGGGUAUAGAACAGCAAACAGAUGAGCUAAAAGAUCGCUGUCAUAGACUAUACAAAGGAUGCAAGAAAUAUAUGGAAACUCUGGGAGAAGCAUGUAACGGAGAUACUAGCUUUGCAGACUCUUUAGAAGCAUUUGGUGGUGGUCAAGAUGAUCCUGUUAGCGUAUCCAUAGGAGGUCCAGUCAUGUCCAAGUUCAUUGCUGCAUUUCGUGAGCUUGCUAGCUAUAAGGAGCUUCUUCGUUCACAAGUAGAGCAUGUUUUGAUUGAUCGUCUGUCACAGUUUUUAUCUGUUGAUGUGCAAGAUGCAAAGGUCUCCCGCCAACGAUUUGAUAAAGCGAUACAUGCUUAUGAUCAGGCCCGGGAUAAGUGUUCUUCUUUGAAGAAGAGUACACGGGAUGAUGUUGUUGCUGAUUUGGAAGAGGAUCUACAUAACUCAAAGUCAGCAUUUGAGAGAAGCCGCUUCAAUCUAGUAAGUUCUCUUAUGAAUAUUGAAGCCAAAAAGAAAUAUGAGUUUUUGGAGUCUUUAAGUGCAAUUAUGGAUGCUCAUCUGAGAUUCUUUAAGUUGGGUUAUGAAUUGUUAAGCCAAUUGGAGCCAUUCAUUCACCAGGUGUUAACGUAUGCACAACAAUCUAAAGAACUGGCCAACAUUGAACAAGAUAACCUUGCAAAGAGAAUCCAGGAGUUCAGAACACAAACAGAGCUGGACCAAUUACGAGCUUCCAGUAAUGUUGAAGUGUCAACGAGUGCUGUUCAUAUUAAUGGUGUUGGCAUGAGUUCUUACAAAAACAUAGAAGCAAUUAUGCAGUCCACUGCAAAAGGGGAGAUACAGACAAUCAAGCAAGGAUAUCUCUUAAAACGUUCCUCCAGCUUGAGGGUUGAUUGGAAGAGGCGAUUCUUUGUCCUUGACGGUCAUGGAACUUUGUAUUAUUAUACCAAUAAGGGUACCAAAGCUGCGGGCUCUACGUCAGUCCAUUCAUUUAGUUCAAUGGAACACAAUCAUCGGGUCUUUGGAAGAUUUCGUCCAAGGCACCACAGGUCAUCAUCAGUUGGCGAGGAAAACUUGGGUUGUCGUAUUGUUGAUCUUCGUACUUCAACAAUAAAGAUUGAUGCAGAGGAUACAGAUCUACGUCUUUGCUUCAGAAUAAUUUCCCCUGCAAAAACUUAUACAUUGCAGGCUGAAAAUGAAGUUGAUAGGAUUGACUGGAUGAACAAAAUCACAGGAGUUAUUGCAUCUAUUCUGAACUCACACUUACGGCAGCUAGAUCCCGGGAGAAUUGAUAUGGAAAAUAACAAUGCUAGUGGUGCUGUUUCUUUUGAUGUUCGAUCAAUUCAUAAUCAUCAAAACUUACGUGAUGACAAGAAAGUCAAUGAAUUCCCUAGUGUUUCUUUGGCUCUCAGAGAAAUUCCUGGAAAUGAUAUUUGUGUAGAAUGUGGUGCUCCUGAACCUGAUUGGGCAUCUCUAAAUCUUGGCAUUUUGAUGUGCAUUGAAUGCUCUGGUGUUCACCGGAACCUUGGUGUUCAUAUCUCGAAGGUGAGGUCUAUAACCUUAGAUGUCAAGGUUUGGGAACCUACUAUCAUGGAUCUAUUUCAGAUUUUGGGCAAUGCUUAUUGUAAUUCAAUAUGGGAGGAGUUGCUGCUACUUGAUAAUAAUAGAACAAAUGAAUCAAAUGCUUUCUUAUCUGUUACAAAACCAAGCCCCAAAGAUGCUAUUCACCAAAAGGAGAAAUACAUUCAUGCGAAGUAUGUAGAGAAACUGCUAGUCAAUAAAGCAGCAAAUCUAUCUAGCAUUCCUUCUCAAGCUGCCUACAUCUGGGAAGCUGUUAAGACUAAUAACUUGAGGGAAGUGUAUCGCCUAAUUGUGACAUCAAGUGAAAAUAUUAUCAACACUACUUAUGAUGAAGUGUUUGAUGUCAAUUUGUAUCACCAUGUUGAUGAAGAAGAUCCUCAAAUAGGCUUCCAUGCGGUGCAAAAGAAACAAAAUGAUCCAGUGGUCUGUCAGAAAAUUAAGGAUUCUGCCAAGCCUGAAAAUUGUCUUCAAGGAUGUUCAUUAUUGCAUCUAGCAUGUCAUCGUGGCAAUCCAGUGAUGCUUGAGCUGUUGCUGCAGUUUGGUGCAGAUAUGAACAGGUGUGACUACCAUGGAAGAACUCCGUUGCAUCAUUGCAUUGCCAAAAGAAACAACCAAUUGGCCAAGUUUCUACUUAAAAGAGGCGCACGUCCAUCAAUUAAAGAUGGUGGGGGCCUAAGUGUGCUCGAAAGGGUUAUGGAGAUGGGAGCAAUAACAGACGAGGAGCUCUUCCUCUUGCUUGCUGAGUGCAAGUAGAAGAGAUAAGAACUGCUCGAGUGUAUGUUAUCAUACGGUGCCUUUAUGAUGUCAUUUUUAGUAUGAUUUGCAGUUGAGCUUUUCACCUCCCGUCUUUCGUUUGUGUGCUGCGCAUUGGAGCGAACUGCAAAGAUGUGCAUCAAAAUUCAUUCUAUUCCGAUCCUCUCAACAAGUAAAGGAAGGUUACGGACUUUAGCCCUACUUCAGAGAGACAAUUGUUAAAGUUAGCUCUAAUUUCUGUUUUCGUGGUAAUGGAAGUCCGACCAUGGCUGCAGGGACUCUCUUCUGCUAGCUAAAACGUGUUUUAAUUAUAUAAUAUAUUUACUGUGUUCUUCAAAUGACUUCUUUUUUUGUUGGAUUUGAAUGUUGUGUUUGUGAUAUUGAAAUCUUGAUAGUGAUGUGGUUCCCAAUUGCGCAGCUAUGGAAAUGGAAUGGAAAUCCUGAUCUGAUGGAAAUUAUA